AUGACAGAGGAGCAUAAAGACGAGCCCGAGGCGCAGACACAAUCACCCAACGUAGCUGAUCCUGAGUUGAUUGUAUCUUGGGAUGGCCCAAACGACUCUGCCAACCCCAUGAACUGGAGUAUGCAGCGGAAAUGGGGAAUUAUCGGGAUGAUCUCUUUUGUUACCUUCUUAACACCACUCGCCUCAUCAAUGUUCGCCCCAGGCGUCCCAGAAGUAAUGGAGGAUUUCAACACAACGUCAACUAUCCUCGCAACCUUUGUGGUCUCCGUCUACAUUCUCGGCUUCGCAUUCGGCCCGCUCAUUGUCGCCCCGCUCAGCGAAUACUACGGGCGUAUGAUGGUCUACAACACCUGCAACUUCGUCUUCUUCAUUUUCAACAUUGCGAGUGCCGUCGCCCCUAGUAUAGCCGCGCUUGUUGUGUUUCGAUUCUUUGAUGGUGUUGCCGGGGUCGCGCCUACGACAAUUGGGAGUGGGAAUAUUAGCGAUAUUAUGCCGACGGAACUACGCGGGAGGGCAAUGGCUCUAUGGUCACUUGGCCCCCUAUUUGGUCCCGUAAUCGGUCCCGUUGUUGGCGGGUACCUCGUGCAAGGGACGAGCUGGCGAUGGGUGUUUUGGGUUCUUGCAAUUGUGGGCGGCAUCGUGAUGGUCACAUUCCCCUUUAUCGUCCCCGAAACCUACGCCCCGACCCUCCUCGAACGCAAAGCCUCGCGUCUCCGCAAAGAAACCGGGAACCCAGGCUACAGAUCUCAACUUGACGACGGGAUCCCCUCAACACAGCGUCUCCGCCAAGCGCUCGUCCGUCCAACACGCAUGCUGCUCUUCUCACCCAUCGUCGCCGCAAUGUGCAUCUACAUUGCUGUCCUCUACGGCCUCCUGUAUAUUCUCUUCACAACAUUUGCGCCAGUCUUCCAGGGGCAGUAUGGGUUCUCCUCGGGGACGAGCGGGCUUGCGUUUCUUGGGAGUGGGGUUGGGAUGUUGCUCGGGUUGCUCUACGCGGGGAUCCUAAGCGACCGCGCGAUCAAGAUCAAACUCGCGCAGGAUCUGCAGCCCAAGCCCGAGGACAGACUCCCCUGGUACAUCGUCCUCCCGGGGUCAUUGAGCAUCCCCGCGGGACUGUUCAUCUACGGCUGGGCGACGGAUAAACACAUCCACUGGCUGCUGCCCGAAUUCGGCAACGCGGUGACGGGCUUUGGCAUGAUUCUCAUUCUCAUGGGCGUGCAGACGUAUCUCGUCGAUGCGUUUACGGUCCAUGCGGCGAGUGCCAUUGCGGCGUGUACGAUUCUGCGCAGUUUAGCCGGUGGACUUAUCCCGCUUGGGGGGCUGCAGUUGUAUGACAAGUUAGGGUUGGGAUGGGGGAAUAGUCUGCUCGCUUUUAUUGCCCUCGCUCUGGCACCGAUUCCGAUUGCUUUUCAGCUUUUUGGGGAGAGGUUGAGGGAGAGGUCGAGGCCGCCCAAAUAG